ACAAAUACCAGCUCAAGUCCCUGCCUUUAAUUCCUUUGAGUGUAUACCCAGAAGUGGAAUUGCUAGGUCGUAAGGUAAUUCUACAUUUAAUUUUUUUUUGUUAAUCAACAUACAUUUUUCCACUCUGGCUGCACCAGGGAACAAAGGUUGCGUGAAAUCACUGAUUUUUGUAAUGACGUUUUCCCUGAUUAUGAUACACGUUAACUGGGAAACAUUUAGAAAAUACAAGGAAACAAAGUGUAGAAAAUAAAAUCUUUAUUCUAACUACUGAGAUGUACAGUUGGCCGGAAUGCGUGUUAUCUCCAACACGAAGGGAAGGAGUCAUCUCCCCUAGGAGGAUUCUACCACAGUGCGGGAGAGUGUGAGCCAAGACAUCAUCAGAUCCUGGCUGUCCCGCCACCCCAGUCAUCAGUAACGUUCACGCAGUGAAACUGGUUUCUGAGCCAUAUUCGUGGGGUAUUCCUGAGGAGGCCACGGGGGCGACAUGGGCUUGUUCCUUUCUUUCUAGGUCUGUCUCCUCAUCUUUAAAAACCACUUCAGGGUGAUAGGACAAACACAAAAUGUUUAAACAAAGUUGUUUCUCUUCAGGUACGCAUUCUACAAACGCAGCAACUACAUCUCCAGAAUAGAGCUUUCUUGCCCAACCCUAGGGAAGACGAAGGUCGGACGGGUCAGAACUGAGCACCCGCACAAGCGGAGCAGAAGUUCCCGCCUUCUUUCAUUUCUCCAGGUUCCCAUUGGCUGAUUCCUACCGUCGAUCCGUUACGCCCUCGCUCGGCGCGCGCCGCUCGCCUUUCGGCCUGUGCUCCCAUUGGCCCUCCCUGCCGUCGCUCUGCCCCAGGGGCGUUCCAGAGCCAGCCACUGGGAGUCGCUGAAUUCGGGUUUUAAAAAACGCCGCCAGUGAGUCGGCAGUGCCGGGCCUUCGAACCGAGGCCCCCGUGGGGGCUGCCGAACACUCACCCGGUCGGGGCACGCGGCCAGGACGUUCCCGGGCUUCUCCCCGGACGCCAGUCUCUGUCUCCCGACCUCGAAGGCAGAAAAGGAGCCUCCGGGCCGCCACCCUCCGCGCCCGCCAUGGGCCCGCGCCGCCGGAGCCGCAAGGCCGAAGUCCCGAGGAGGCGCACCGCGAGCCCGGCCGCCGGCCCCCCUCGUCGGGCCCCCUCCUUAGGCGCUUCCUCCCGUCAGCGUGGUCCUCGGAGAUCCCGGAUUCUGAAGGAAAUCCGAAAGCUUCAGAAGAGCACAGGCCUACUGAUAAGGAAGAGCCCCUUUGGCCGCCUGGCAAGAGAGAUAUGCAUUAAAUUCACUCGCGGGGUGGACUUCUCUUGGCAAGCCCAGGCCCUAUUGGCCCUACAAGAGGCCGCAGAAGCCUUUCUAGUUCAUCUCUUUGAGGACGCCUAUCUCCUGUCCUUACACGCCGGCCGGGUCACUCUCUUCCCGAAGGACGUGCAGCUGGCCAGAAGGAUCCGAGGCAUUCAGGAAGGGCUUGGCUGAGCCCCUGCCCUGUCUCUGGGUGACACCAAGGCCUCUGUCAGGAGCCAGGAACAGAUCCACGGAGAGCAAGGAGGUGUCUACUCGCUGUCCCUGAGCAGAGCGCAUGUCACUUUUGUAAUCAGUUCUUUUAAGAAGGACAAGACUGCAUGGCUUGCCUCUGGAACAGAGGUAAUAGAUGAGAAAAUCAACAGCAUUCCAAAGGACUGAAAAUUCUUUUUAGAUAAUGAGACUCCAAGGUUCGCUUCAAUUUGCAAAUGAUUCACAUGACUGCUGAAUGAUUGUGAAGACCUCAGACUUUCUAGGCUAUGGAAAAAAAAGAUACUUACCUAUUAUUUUAGGUCUUCCUGUACCAUUUACAUUUCUUGCCAUAUGUAUAUUUACUUUUCUUUAAAACAUAAGGGAAAAAUAUAAAAGGCGACCACGAGAGUCAGUUGCACAAAGAGCCCAGCACGUCCAUGCACUAAUCUGUCCCUCGGUUAACGUCACCCGGAGCAGGGCAGCGAGGGAGGCGUGGGCCACGCCUGCCGACAACUGGGGAGCUUUUUUAAAAACUCAACUGGGGUUAAAAUAGAAAGUCUUAAGUCCUGUCGUUCUGAUUCCUUUGAGUAAAUUCCUGUCAAACUCAUUCAGAAAUUCUAAAUUCUGACUUGAAGAAUUUAUUUUAUUCUUCUUUGUAAAUCACAGAUGACAUAUCAUGAUUUAUACUUUAGAAUUUUUCAUCUCGGGAUUUUUAAAGUGCCUUCUCAAAGUUUUUACAGGUGUCUUUAUCACUUCUCUGUGUAAAGAUAAUAAAAUUAAUUAUUUAAUGAAAAAACUGUAAAGCAAAGUUACAGUUACCGCAUAUGGAGCUGCUACGUUUUUUGUGAGUUACUGUUCAGUUCUCCAUUUGUACACGCGGGACAAGCAGCCUCCAUUUAAACAAGAGAAUGCAGGGAUGUGUUUCGGGCUCCAGUAGAGUGUGAGCGGGUAAAAACCUUACACUUCUGUCGCAACCGAAAGCAGUUAAAGAGAUUUCCAGAGAAAUGGAAAGGGCCACCGGAACACUUUUAGACUUUGCGUGUGAUGGAAAUGAUUAGUGAGGGUGGACCUCUGACAGUGCUAUGUGGGGCGACCAAGUUUGGAGAUGAACUGAAGGGAAGGACCAAGUUCUGUUGUUGGAUAAAUUUUAACCUUUGGAAAAACCUCUUCGUGUUCAACAUCAAGUCCUAUUUAUACAGACAUUCGAAUAAAGUGUAUCUACUAUGAAUAUA